AUACCCCUAUUACCGACCUCUCCCACCUCCCCAGUCCCACUACUGCGAGACAGCGCAGCACAGGCUGCCGCCCCGCGAGAAUCCAAGAGGACGACGUCCAUGGGCGGCGCCGCGGGCGAGGCGAUGCGGGCCGGGGUUGUGGUGGCGCUUUUCUUCUUCUUGGGCGCGGUCUCGGGCGCGGGGGCGCUGCCGAGGUUUGCGGAGGCACCGGAGUACCGGAACGGGGAGGGUUGCCCCGCGGCUGCGGCGGGGGUGUGCGACCCGGGGCUGGUGCACAUCGCCAUGACGCUGGACGCCCACUACCUGCGGGGCUCCAUGGCAGCGGUGUACUCGCUGCUCAAGCACGCGUCUUGCCCGGAGUCAAUCUUCUUCCAUUUCUUGGCCGCGGCGGGCGGCGGGGCGGAGGGGGAGGACCCGGAGCUGCUGCGGCGCGCGGUGGCGGCGUCGUUCCCGUCGCUGCGGUUCGAGAUCUACCCGUUCCGCGCCGAGGCCGUGGCCGGGCUCAUCUCGGCGUCCGUGCGCGCCGCGCUGGAGGCGCCGCUCAACUACGCGCGGAACCACCUGGCGGACCUGCUCCCGCGCUGCGUGCCGCGGGCGAUAUACCUCGACUCCGACGUGCUCGCCGCCGACGACGUGCGGCGGCUCUGGGAGACGCGCCUGCCCGCCGCCGCCGUGGUGGCCGCCCCCGAGUACUGCCACGCCAACUUCUCCCGAUAUUUCACGCCGGCCUUCUGGUCCGACCCGGAGCUCGGCGCUCGCGUCUUCUCCGGGCGCCGCCGCCCGCCCUGCUACUUCAACACCGGAGUUAUGGUCAUCGACCUCCGACGCUGGCGCGCCGGCAACUACCGCCAACGCAUCGAGCGCUGGAUGGAGAUCCAGAAGGAGAAGCGUAUCUACGAGCUGGGCUCCCUGCCCCCGUUCUUGCUCGUCUUCGCCGGCGAGGUGGAGGCCGUCGACCACCGCUGGAACCAGCACGGCCUCGGCGGCGACAACGUGCACGGUAGCUGUCGCCCGCUCCACGAGGGGCCCGUCAGCCUCAUGCACUGGUCAGGCAAGGGCAAGCCCUGGGACCGCCUCGAUGCCGGUAGGCCGUGCCCGCUCGACCACACGUGGAAGUCAUACGACCUCUACAUCCCGGGGGAUGAAGGCGCCGCUGCUUCGCCGGCAUCCGGGUCUGCAUUGUCCUCUGCAUUGCCCGCAUCCGUGUUUUCUUGGUAGCAGUUCCAUAGGCACAGUAGUUCUUUGGCUGGUUGAGCGGUUCUUUUCAAUGGCAAUGUGCUCCAUUGCAUUGCUGCUGCUGCUGCUGCCCCCGCCGCGGUGAGCUAGCUGCCCCCCAUGGUGGGCUGUACGGGGCGGUGAAGGGAGGGACGGUGGCGCACGGCACAGCGACGAGAAGAGGGGUGACGUUGAUAGAGUUAUUUGGGUAGAAUUCAGAUUGGUUAUUUGGGGGGUUUGAUUCUUUUUGGGCCGGCCGGUGAUUCGCGGGGUUCCCAAUUCUCUCGAUUGGAGGUGUACAAUUAGGAAAGACUUGGAAUUUUAUUCUAUUAUUGAUCAUUCUUUCAUUCGUA